CGGCCUCUCCACCUAGCUAGCUAAUAAAAACACGCCAUCGCCCCGCCCGCACGGCCUCAACCUCCAUUAAUUCCCACUCACCUUAUAAUUCCAAGCAAGCUAGUAGGCAUGGACGCCAUCUUGGCCGACGCCGCCAUCGCGCGCGCGCUCCACCUGUCGGCCAUGUCCUCCCACUCCGCCGCCUCCCUCGUCUCAGCGCCCGCGCCGCACCACCAACAAUCGCCGCUGCUCGCCGCCGCCCACCUGCCGGCGCAUCUCACCCCCGAAUCGCCGCCUUGCCCUGCUGGCGGGCGCCGCAACCACCACCAGCAGCAGCAGCUGGCGCCGGCCGGGGGCCGCGCGGGGAAGAGGCGGCGGUCGCGGGCGUCCAAGCGCGCCCCCACCACGUACAUCACCACCGACCCCGCCAACUUCCGGAUCAUGGUGCAGCACAUCACCAGCGUGGAGGCCGAGCUGCCGGCCGACAUGCUGCUGCAGCGGACGGCGGCUGACAUUGACACCCUGCUGCUGCCCGCGGACGCCCAAGCCGGAGUGGAGGCGUCGUCGUCGGCGCUUGCGCUUCAUCAGCAGCCGUGCUUCCCGACGCUGGACUCGUGGAACGUCAUGUACGACGACGGGAUGAGAAGCGACCUGCCCUGACUCUGACUCAGCCUCUUAAUUAAUUUAAUUAUAUUGCUCAAUCAAGGCAUUAUUGCAGCACUGUUGAUGAUUAGUGAGUACUAGUAGUAGUGAUUAAUUUAGGACGUAAGUACUACUCCGUAGGAGUACUCUCUACUUAGAUGGAGCUGCCUGCUAUCUGUCUGAGUAGCUGUUGCAGCAGCUGCCUACUAGCAGUAGAGUAUGCAUUGCAGUGCAGACUCAAAGACCGACUGAUCCAGCAUGCAUCUUCUUCUCAACUGCUUGUUCUACCGUCUGUCUGUCUGUAUGUCUUUAUGGUUCACAACUCUGAAUGAUUUGAUUUGAUCAGCAUUGCCUUCUCUUA